CAGCCCGUCCCUGCGCUCCGCCGUUCCCGGUGCGGCGAUGGAGCUGGCGGCCGGCAGCACCAUCUCGCUGUGGACCGUGGUGGCGGCCGUGCAGGCGCUGGAGCGCAGCGUGGCCGCACACGCGUCCCGACUCUUCAGCCUGGAGCACCGCGCCGGGAACAGCGAGAAGAAGCACCAGGACUGCGAGAAAAUGGUCGGGGAGUUCGGGAACCAGCUGGAGAGCAAGUGCGCGGCGCUGGGCACCCUCGUCCAGGAGUACGGGCGGCUCCAGAAGCGCCUGGAGAACAUGGAGAACCUGCUGAAGAACAGGAAUCUCUGGAUCCUGCGGCUGCCCCCCGGGCUGGAGGCCCCCAAGGCCCCGGCUGUGGCGUUGGAAAACGAUGCCACCGGCUUUUCCACUCAGGAAUGGGAGAACCUGGAGGAGUGGCAGAGGGAGCUGUAUGGAAAGGUGCUGACAGGGAAGAGAGAAGCCCUGGUCCUGCUGGACGAUGUCAUCUCCGAACCUGCCCUCCUGUCCCGGCUCCAGGGAGGAGAAGCGCCCUGCAGUGAGGAGGAGGCACCUCCUGGAGAGAUCCCAGCAGAACCAGAGGCUCUGCUGUUUGAACUCAACGUGAGCAGCUGGGACAGCAGAGAAGCGCAGGAAAACCAGGAGGGAAGAGCAAGGCUGGCUGAACCUGGCCAUGCAGACAGCAGCAUUCCAGAGCAGAGCUUUGCUGUCACCGUGAAGCAGGAAGAGGAGGAAGAGCCACAUGCAAAGGAGAAGGGAGCCGUGGAGGGUGUGGAGUUCUCUGAGCUUGGUGUGGAGCCGGACACCGCUGGACACAAGGCCCAGGCCCCGGCGGAGGGCGGGAACCGGCCAGGGGCCCGGAGGUGCCAGGAGCGGGAUGUGAGAGGGAAUCCCACAGAGACCGGCUCCGAGGACAGCAUAAUCCAGAUUAAGCAAGAGGAAGGGUUGUGCACUGCAGAUCGGAAGGAGGAGGCUGCAAAAGCUCCUGGAGAGCCCUGCCCAGCAGAGCGAGGAUUUUACGAGCCUGAGGCAUCCAGUCAGACCAGGAAGGGCAGCGAGGUGGAUGCCAGGGAGCUGCCAGGCACAGAGGGUGAGCACCUCCAGAGAGAUCCUGCCACAGGAUUUCAGACUUAUGCAAGGGGUGUUUCAUCGUGGAUUAAACAAGAGGAGCCACCCUGCUCUGAACAACAGGACUUGCAGAAAGAGGAAAUCUCUGCAGAUCCAAGCACAGAUGAAAGUUUGAAGAGGGACCAUCCAGCAAAUUCCUUGGAGAGCAAGACCUGUGACUUAGAGGUACCGGGAAGGCCGGGAGAAGUGUUCCCCAAAGAUCCCAGCCAUGGAGUGACAUGGGACAGUCAGUGGAAUUCAGAAAUGAUGGAAACAGCCCCCACAGGGAAUGGGAACAGCCUUGGAGGUGAUGCUCAGUACGAUUUCUUUAGUGCUCAGGAAAAGAGCCUGGAGAAGAGGCCCUGUAUGUACAGGUGUGAGAGAAGCUGCCCACAGCAGGACCUGCAGGGAGAAGGGGAGAUAUUUCCAGGCCCCACAUAUGAGAGGAUGUUCCCUCUGCUGCACCCACACCCAGGAGAGAUGGGAGUGGGCCUGGCAGAGAAGGGAAUGAACCUUGGAGAGAGGGGAAUGAACCUUGGAGAGAAGGGAAUGGGCCCUGGAGCUGCUCCCCUGCCCUGUGAGGGGCCAGGAUCCCACUCUGAGUGCAGAGAGACUCCCCCAGGCCCGGGCAGGGCCAGCCUGGGCACAGAGGAGGCUGCUGAAAACGAGGAGAGCUUCCCCACGGACACCUCGGGGUCCAGCCCCUGCUGGGAGCCGCCCCUGGCCCGGGGCAGCCCAGCCCAGCAGCAGAGCCAGGCCCGGGGCAAAUCCUACAUUUGCAGCGACUGCGGGAAAAACUUUGUGUGCCACUCGUGGCUGGUGAGGCACCAGACGAGUCACACCGGAGAGAGGCCCUACAAGUGCUCCAAGUGUGACAAAACCUACAGGAGGAAGGAUUACCUGCUGAACCACCAGCGCCGGCACACGGGGGAGAGGCUUUUCCAGUGUCCCCUCUGCAGCAAGAGGUUUGUGCUCAAGAGGAGCCUGCUGAAGCACCAGGAGGGUCACAUGCAGGACACCCACGUGCCGCUGGUCAGCUGGCCCUGCGGGAACAUCAGGGGCUCCGUGAUGCAUUCCAUAUAGGACAUCCCCAGGGCAGCACCCCCAGCGCUGUGACACACCCUGACGGCAGGAGGAGGCUGUGCUGCAGCCAUCCCGAGCCUCUCCCGGGAAAAGGGAGCUGGCUGGGGGUUGUUUUGUGUUAGACAGCAUUCACCAGUGCCUGUGGGUUUGGGGAGGUGCAGUUCGGAGGGACUGCUGGCUGUGUGGGAGAGAAACCACCUUGACAUGGAACAAUUUGCGAUGUGUGUUACAAAGGAGAGUUGUCUGAAUAGAGAGAAAUGAUCCAAAAUGUAUCCAAAAUGUUAUCCCAGGAAUCCGGAGUCCUUGGGCUGGGCUGGCAACGAGUGAGUUAAAGAUAUUGAUUGUCCACUAACGAGUGCCUGGGCUGGGAACAAGUGAGUUAAAGGUAUUGAUUGUCCACUAA